AUGGCAGACGUAGACAACCUGAUAACAUUGGUCCGCCAGAAACAGAAGACCAAUGUCCAGGAUGUGGCCAUGGUCUUCGAUGCCCUCCCACCUAUUGAGCCAGAGUGCCUCUUGGGUGUCUGGAGCGGGGACCUCGUCGAAACUGGACACAAGGACAUCAAGGUAAUCCGUGAUCUCAAUUGGGCCGGAAAAACUGUGCAUACAAUCGAUGACGUGGAUCUCGUGAUCUUCUCUGAUGAAAAUGGCGCGAGCAAGCCGGAUAUGAGAUGGGAUAAGGCCUAG